AAAAGCGUCUUCGUCUUCCCGAACUGAUCUCUCAUUUCCUUCCCCGCGAGCCCCGGCGACCGGAGCCUCCUCGCCGUCGGCCAGGAUGCAGCAGCGGCGCCCCGCCGCCGGCCGGCCCUCCGGGACGGACGGCUCCGACUUCUCCUACCGCAUGGUCGUCGACUCCCGGUACCAGAGGGUUGCCGACGGCAGAUCCCGCCUCGGCCGACUCAUCCUCGUGCAGGCUCUGCACCAAGUGGCCGGGGGUGCCCUGCUGUUGCUGGCUCUGGCGAAGGGCGUGGAGAUGAACAAGUUUGCCGUGAUGUCUGUGGCUGCAGGACUGCUGGCCAUUCUGCUGGGAGAAAUAGGACGGAGGCGAACUAUCGCUGUGCUGCUUCGGCUGUAUACAAGCUUGUCAUCAAUUGCUGUUGCAUUCUCUGUUACAUGCAUUAUUCGGUCAGAGUUGUUAUUCAAGAUCACGAAGCAAAAUACAUCAUCCCUAACAAGCCAUGAACUACUGGAGGCCGUUCGUGUUGCUCUUGGUGUCCUGCUUCAACUGGUGGUUAUCGCUACAACAAGCAGGCUUCUGCAAAAUAUGUCUCCUCCCAGGAGAGCUUCAUGAACGUUGUGAUAUGGCAGUUGUGCUUUACCGUUAGAAACUGCUAGUGAUACUUCUUUUUGUACUUGUGGAACUUGCAAGAGACAUGUAAUGAAUGAAGGGGCAAUCGGUUCACAAAUC